CGUCUCUCUCUCUCUCUCUCUCUCUCUACCGAGGAAAAUUAAUUUCCGUUGCCAUACCCACUCGUUGAGCCGUCACCAUUUCGUGCUUUGUGCUCUGUGCUCUGUGCUCCCUCUGCCAUUCCUUUCCCCCCUUCAUCACCCAACAUUCCUUCUUGAUCUCAUUCUCUCUCUCUCUUGGUCUCUCUCCCUCUUGAGAACCACCACCCUUUUGACCUUUCUCUCUUCUUUCGUAGCUCUUGGCUUUGUGAAAUCCUUUUGUCAAGAAAGGAAGAGCCCCUUCAUGGAAAGCAUGGCUCUCAGACAAAAGGAGUCAGGGGCCGAAGAAACGAGCGAGGCCAACAAGAAGUUUUGUGCUGAUUGCAAGACCACCAAGACUCCUCUGUGGAGAGGCGGCCCUUCUGGUCCCAAAUCGCUGUGCAAUGCAUGCGGGAUAAGAUACAGGAAGAAGAGGAUAUUGAGCAGAGCAACAGAGAGGAAGCGAGAGACACACCACCACCGGCAUUCCCACGUCAACACCACCACCAAAACUAGCAGUACCGAACCCGCAAAUGCUGGUACUGGGAAGGAUUUGAGUCACUCGUUGAAGAUGAGACUGGCGAUACUGGGCAAAGAUUUGUUGCUGCAGACGUCGUUUGUGAAGAAGCAGAGGUGCCAGAGGAAGAGGAAGUUGGGUGAGGAAGAGCAAGCUGCCGUUUCCUUGAUGGCCCUCUCUUGUGGGUCAGUCUCUGCCUAAACGGACAUAUGUACAGACAAAAUAGAAAAUCAAGUGAAUAGGUGGAGGCUGGAGAGGGGAAGUUUGUUCUUGUCCUUCUUGGGUUUUUUUUAGUUAGCUUUUUGGGGGUGGUUUUCUUGAAGAUGGUGAAUGGAUAGCCAUCCUUAGAUAUGUUCUCUCUGUUUAUGCCCUUUUCUUCAGCAGGGUUUUUAGGAGUAGAUGAAGAGAGGGGCAAUAGGAAACAUGAAUUUUGGGAGGUGUGUAAUGCCCUCAAGUUAGCAUUGACAUCUAACAGUGUAAAUAGUAGGAUUAGGCCAUGUAUCCGACGAGACAAUGAAGUCGCACCUAUUUACACCCUGACUUUCUUUUGUAUC